UCCCACGGUAACAGACAACACAAAACCAACAGACACGGUGACGACACAUGAACAAUGUCCUACCAAAGGUUUUUCAGUCGUCUCUCUAAAGAGGAACAGGACUUCUAUGAAACUAAAUACGCAGCUGCAGAGUUUUACCGGGUUAACAGAGUCCCGAAGAUGGAGAGAGCUCUGAAUGAGCUCUUCCUCCAAAAGCCUGAGGACGUUCACGGUUAUCUGGCGGAUUACUUUGCAAGCCUUUCUGCACCACCAAGGAUAAACAGACUGAAAGGAAGAGAGGUGUAUGAUACAAGAGGACAACUAUCCAUUGAGGUGGAGGUCUUCUGCAUUGUUUGCAACAAGGAAAAGAGCAUAUCCUCAGCUGCUGUCUCCAGCUACUUUGGGCCAAAGGAAACUUCACUGGACUGGAAAGCUGGGAGUCAGAGGGCUGACCAUGUGAUGACUGCUGUCCAAUGGAUCAAUGAACCUCUGAACCACAUGCUGAAGGGCAAAAACCCCUGUGACCAAACAGAAGUUGACCAUGCACUCAGCGAUUUCUUCAUGGCCCACUAUCUGGAGGAGAAAGACAUCCACAGCAGGGAGAAGGAGGAGAGUCGUUCACCCAGCGAGUCUGAGUUGGUGCUUUUUUCUGCACCACCUGCACAGACUAAAGACAAAAAGAAUGUUGAUAAAGCUAAAAGGAGCACCACUUCAGAGAAGCCAUUUCCUCCAGCAGAGCCACCAGAACCAGUUCUGCUUGGUAGUUUGGCCAUUGGUUCAGUCUCUCUUGCUGUUGCCAGAGCCGGGGCAGUAUUACAGGGCAUCCCUCUUUACAAAUACAUCGCAGCUCUAAGGAACCAAGAGACUCCAACACAGUUUCACAUUCCCGUCUCCUUGGUAACUUUGCUGAGCUGUGGGAAGACUUCUCCUGGAAAACUGAGUUUACUGGAGGAAGUCAUCCUGAUCCCCAGAGUAGGACAACGGGUCAAACAAAUCAUCACAAUGACCCUUGAGAUACAGAAGGAGAUGAUGAGAAUAAUGAACACUUCAACAAAAGCUGGGGCCACUCAGGCAAUUCUGCAUGACAGUGGAGCGCUGGCUCUGGGCUAUGAGAAACCUGAACAGCCUCUGGAUCUGAUCACUGAAGCCUGUGCUAACCUUGGACUGGCACUGGGAACAGAGAUCCAUUUAGCAGUAAACUGUGCUGCCCAUGAGCUAAUGGAUUAUUCUAAAGGAAAAUAUGAAGUUGCAACAGGAAUUUUGAAGUCUCCGGAUGAAUUAGUGGACAUGUACCAAACUAUCAUCAACAAAUAUCCAGCAGUGGUAGCUUUAAUCGACCCAUUUAGGAGAGAGGAUAUAGAUCAGUGGGAGAAGCUGAGCAAUGUGAUUGGAGAUUCAUGUUCGCUUCUCGCUGACAUGACUUGCAAGUCAAAGGCCCCAUCCCUUCUGGGAGUCAGUGGUCGCAUAUUAAAACACAUCAACGAGACAACAGUCAGUGAUUUGGUCCUCAUCACAUCAGAUCACCAAGGUUCACUGUUAAUGGCUACAACAAGCAGUGAGCCCAGCAGUGGUGACUCUUUGUCAGAUAUAGCUGUGGGUUUGGGGCUGGACUAUAUCAAACUGGGAGGUCUGAGCGGUGCUGAGAGGAUGACUAAAUACAACCGGCUGAUUUCUAUAGAGGAAGAACUGGCCCAACAAGGAAUCCUGGUCUCCAAGGAGAAGCACUCCCCUCCACUGUUCACUGAAAAACUACAAGAGCAGUCCAACACUGCAGACGUGGCCUGAAGGAAUACAGCUCACAGCUUCUGAUUCUAUCAAGAAAAUAUGACUGAUUUAAACAAGUCUUCAUAACUAUAUAUGACAGCUGCCACAUUAUAAUUUACUUUGAUAAUUCAAUUCUGCUGUAAUCACUUACUUUCAGGUCAUCAUUUCACUUUUAAAAUCUAUUAUGCUGAUUAUAAACAUUAUAAAGUGCAUUAAACUAGUGUUGCCAUUCUGUUUUAUUUCAAAACUGGUAAAAAAGAAAAAAAAAUCAAUAUGAAGCUAUUCAGAGAUAGGGUAAGUGGGUAAACACGACCUUCGGUAAAGCAGUUUAUAAAACCUUC